AUGGAAUGGUCAAAGACCUUGUUCAAUGCCAAGUACUUCAAUAAGGCAGUGAUCGAGCAUAAAGUGAAUGAGUUCACAAAUCUGAACCAGGGAACGUUGAGCAUGCAGGACUACAUUCAAAUAUUCGACCAGUUGUCUAGGUUCACAAAGAACCAGGUGAACAUCGAAGAGAACAAGAUCUGGAGUUUCGUGAAGGGCUUGCACAAAGACAUUGCUAAGUGUGUAGACACUGGUACGACUAGCCCGGAAAUGUAUGUCGAAGCUGUGGAAUGGGCUCUUCACCAAGAGUCUUGGGCCAUGUCGGACAAGCCAGAACCACAAAAGAGCGAAGACAGGAUAAUGCCUGAGUCUAUGCUUGCUAUUUGUGGGGUAUUCUUGCCUUCGGGAGAGGAUAUGCUGGUGCGAACAUGGGUUAGAGACAUACCAGUUUGGGUUGAAGGUCUUGAGCUGACAGUGGAUCUGAGCGUCAGUAUUCUCAAAAUAGACCUACGAUCGGGCUACCAUAAUCUCAAGGUUAAGGAGACAGAUAUACCAAAGACAGCCUUGAGAAUGUGCUACGGUCACUAUGAGCUCUUAGUGAUGUCCUUUGGACUAACCAAUGUAGCUGCAUCAUUCAUGGAUCUCAUGAAUCAUGUAUUUCACGAGUAUUAUGAUAAGUUCGUCAUCGUGUUCAUUGACGAUAUUCUAAUAUACUCGAAAAGCCAAGAAGAGGAUGCAACGCAUAUGGAACUGGUCCUCCAACGUCUGCAAGAUGAAAAGUUUUACGCAAAGUUUUCGAAGUGCAAAUUUUUUCUAGAGAAAGUUAGUUUUCUCGGGCACAUGGUGUAG